CAUCAGGGAGAGCUUGUCCAUGAUGCCUGCAGGCGGUCUACAGUCUUAGCUUGUUUUUCCCUCUCCUCCUUUCCUUUCAGAGGCGUAGGGCCCGAUCACCGUCGCCGUUGCACCCUCGACCAGGGGGGAAGGGGAGAGACAGGAUUUGGAGGCCAGACUAUGCAUGUCCACAUGUAGCAAAUCCAGUCUCGUGCCGCUGGUUCUUCUGAGUCGAGGCUCUAAUAGAUAAAGGGCCCGGGGUCAGGAAGCUGCAAGGUGGGAAGGGAGCUUCAGGUUUGGUUCUCCCUCGUAGCGCCCCGGACGACAUUCUGACCGCCGAGUUCCAUCCAGAGUUGGUCAGCCGUCUGAAUACCGCUGCCAUGGCCCGGACCCAUCUUACUAGAUACCGAGCGGCAGGGAGGCCCAUACUAACCUUCCUCUCGAUAUUUUCGUUUUUCGUCAUAGGAGCGAUCUUCGCGGCCAAGUUCGGGGCACCGGCGCCGCGGCACAGCUUCGAAUUUCUGCGGCGCAGCGGGCGCGUGGACACUCCGUUCGGGUCGCAGACAAGGGCCGAAGGGAAAGGCGACAAGUACCUCAUCGGCGUUGGCAAGGCCGACAUUACGGGCCCCGUCGUGGAAAUCAACUUCGCCGGCUACGCGGACCUCGCCCAGACCGGCACCGGCCUGCGACAGCGCAUCUACUCGCGCGCCUUCAUCGUCGGCGACGCCAGCAAGCCAGAGGACCGCUUCGUGUACCUCGUUCUCGACACGCAGGGCGGCGACACUGCCGUGCGCUAUGGCAUCUUGGACGGCCUGGCCGCGCUCGGCAGCGAAUACGCCGUGUACGGACAGAGCAAUGUCGCGGUCACCGGCACGCACUCGCACGCGGGGCCUGGGGCGUGGUUCAACUACCUUCUCCCGCAGAUCACUAGUCUCGGGUUCGACAAGCAGAGUUACCAGGCCAUCGUCGACGGCGCGGUUCUAUCGAUUAAGAGAGCCCACGAAUCCCUAACUGAGGGGUAUCUUGACUUCGGAACGGUCGAUAUCCCGGACGGCAACCUGGGCCGCAGCGUAUCCGCCUACCUAGCCAACCCGGCCGAAGAGAGAGCGCGAUACGCCGACAGCGUCGACAAAGAGAUGACCGUGCUCAAGUUCCAGCGCGCCUCCGACGGCAAGAAUAUCGGCGUCCUGACGUGGUAUCCCGUGCACGGGACAUCGAUAUACCAGAACAGCACGCACGUGGCCGGUGACAACAAGGGCGUGGCGGAGGUCAUGUUCGAGAAGGCGAUGGAGAGCGAGGACUCGGCCGCCGACGGCUUCGUCGCCGGCUUUUCCCAGGCCAACGUCGGCGACACGACGCCCAACACGCUGGGUGCAUGGUGCGACGACGGGUCGGGCGACAUGUGCAGCUUCGAAAAUAGCACCUGCGGCGACGGAAAGUCGCAGUCGUGUCACGGCCGAGGGCCCUUGUUCGAAAAGCUCGAUCUAGGAAUCUCGAGCUGCUACGAGAUCGGCAGGCGUCAGUACGCCGGCGCCCGAUCAGUCUAUGACUCGUUCGGCGCCUCCGGCACGCCGGUCGUCGGCCCCACGGUCAAAUCCUUCCACUUCUACCACGACAUGGCCUUCUGGAAGUUCCAGCUCGACAACGGGACGGAGGUGCAGACGUGCCCAGCCGCGCUGGGCUACUCCUUCGCGGCGGGCACGUCGGACGGCCCCGGCGCCUUCGACUUCACCCAGGGCGACUCGGGCGAGCCGAGCGCGAGCCCCAUCUGGGAGGUGGUCAAGAGCCUGCUGCGCGCGCCAUCGGCCGAGCAGGAGGCGUGCCAGGGCCCCAAGCCGGUCCUGCUCGACGUCGGCGAGAUGUCGGCGCCGUACGCGUGGUCGCCCAACAUCGUCGACAUGCAGGUGCUGCGGGCGGGGCAGCUCGUCAUCAUCGUCAGCCCGAGCGAGGCGACGACGAUGGCGGGGCGGCGGUGGCGCGCCGCCGUCGCCGACGCCGUCGCGCCGUUCACGGGCCCGGCCGCGCCGCCCAAGGUCGUGCUCGGCGGGCCCGCCAACACGUACUCGCACUACGUGACGACGCCGGAGGAGUUCGGCGUGCAGCGGUACGAGGGCGCGAGCACGCUCUUCGGGCCGUGGCAGCUGCCGGCCUACAUCCGGCUGACGGUGGACGCGGCGGCGUACCUGGCGCCGGACGCGGCGCAGGGCGCGGCGCCGGCGCCGGGCCCGCCGCCGCCGGACAACCGCGCGGGCAGCCUCAGCCUGAUCACGGGGGUGGUGCAGGACAACGCGCCGCUGGGGCGGCGCUUCGGCGAGUGCACGGCGCAGCCGGCGGCGGCGUACGCGCGGGGCGCGACGGUGGGCGCGACCUUCGUCGGCGCGAACCCGCGCAACAACCUGCGGCUCGAGGGCACGUUCGCGGCGGUGGAGCGCAAGGGCGCCGACGGCGCGUGGGCGCGCGUGCGCGACGACUCGGACUGGUCGCUCGUGUACACCUGGAACCGGACCAACGGCCUGCUCGGCUACAGCGACGUCACGGUCGCCUGGGAGACGGGCUCCGAGGACGAGGCCGCGCGCGGCAUCGAGCCCGGCACCUACCGCCUCCGCUACUACGGCGACAGCAAGGCCCUGUUCGGCGGCCAGAUCACGGCCUUCGAGGGCGCGAGCAACGAGUUCACCCUCGCGUAAGGGGAGGAGGAAGGGCAGACAGACACUGGUCGUGUUUGUUUCGGGUUUCUAGUUGAUUAAGAUGAUGGGGUGUAAGCGAGUUCUUCAUGGGAUGCCGUUUUUUAGAGGGGAAUAAUAUCAAGGGGUAAGUAGAAAGGAGGAGAGAGGGAGCAUAAGAGUAACACCUACGAUUACGGUGACGAGGAAAUGGUCAAUUACUGCUGGCCACAACUCGGGACUUGAGCGCGGUGAGGUACGCGCAGUUACUUGGUGUAUAUAUCUAGGGGUGGUCGAAUACAUAUCCUCUUGAUGAGUACCUAUGCUACAGUGCUGUCUUCUACUUGGUGGCCAGACGCGGCUUCAGGGGUUUGUGCGUUAUCUACGAAGCCUUGGGAGAGGAUCAUCGUGAGAACACUGGGUUGG